AUAUCCAGUACAGUCAUCUACCGGAUUAAACCUGAUCAGGUGAGUGACCAUCAUGCCACACAGAAACUGGAACCAGGAGACAAAAAACAGACUUAAUGAAAAAGUUGAUGCUGCCGUGACUGACCUUGGCAGCCUGGCGCGCCAAGUUGUACGAGGGUCAAGGUCGAGUGAGCUUUUAGCUCAAGCUGCCAAAAACUUUGCAUCACAAGAAAGUGCUGUUCAGAACUCCCUCCAGGCAUUGAGGAAGAUGGGCUUGAUCACAUCACACCUGCAGUUCCAAGAGGAAGCAAUUGAAAGAAGUAUGGAUACCCUGGACAACAUUCAAGAUCAGCUGAAGACAAUACUGCGAUGAACAGUUUUCUCAGGGGAAAUAACUCCUCUUCACACUGUUGACAUGUUGCCAUGGUGGAGACUACCGGUGGUGUAUUUUGCACGUCAAUGUAUGGUACAUUCCUGUGGACAGCCAGAGCUGACCAGUGGAGGUGUAUAACUCCAUGGCAGUUAAGCUGUGCGUGUGUGUUUAUGUAAACAUGACUAAGUGGGCGGGGUGCAAGUUCUGUUAUGUGCUUAAGAAAAACACACAGUAUGUCCAUAGUUGUAGACAAGUCUGAUAUAUCUGCUCACUGUGAUUUAACAUGUCGUUUUCCAUCAUCCCCAUAUGUGGUACUCCAACAGGCCUGUUCUGAAUUACCUCCCUUGUUACAUGUCAACAACUAUGACGUAAAGCAAGAUUAGUUUUUUAGGCCUAAAAGUACGAGAAGUGGGACCUCAUCUAUUAAAGAUAAGUAUGUUUAUGUAAUGUCAUGACAGUGACAGGCUACAGAACAUAAGAAAAGACAAUAUCAGGUGUUGAGAAUCACAGGAAUGUCCAGAGAUAUUACUAGGCCUGUUCUGAAUUAUCUCCCUUUUUACAUGACGGCGACUAUGACGUAACGUGAGAUUAAUGUUUGAGGCAUGAAACUGCGAGAAGUGGGACCUGGCCUGUCAAAACAUGCAAUGUGUUGGUGAUAUCAUGACAGUAUCAAAGCUAUUCUAGGCAACAGCAUGUAACAACAUAUAUUGUAAGACUAAGAGUCAUAGAAAUGUCAAUGUAUGUUUAAUUGCAAUGUAUGUUUUUUCAACUUAAGUGUAUAUAUUUUGACCAGAAUUUUUAAAUUAUCUCCAGUUGUAUUUAAAAAAAACAUAAUGUUUAUCUAGGGCUCUCUGAAUAAAUUUACACAAUUAAAAUCUGUCUUAAAAUUAGGUCUUCAACUAGCUUAUGUCGCUUUAAUUUGGAAAUUUGGCAGUGUAAACAUUUUCUCGGAGGUCCCACAUCACCACAGUUUUCUCCUCCAAACACACCUUUUCAGCGGGAGAGUGACCUCAAGGGAGGUAAUUCGGUGUGGCCCUGUUGAAGUUGAUGUUUUUCUACCUUGGUAGAAUAUACACAUUUAAUGAAGUUUGCUGAAGCCGUCUGCUGUAUAAAUAAGGGCCAGGAUAUUUAAACUACCUCUGAAUGGAUUGAAAAAAAAAAACAUAACAUUUAUCCAGGGCUUUCCGAAUCACUUUGCAAAAUUAAAAUGUGUCUUAAAGGUAGGUCUUCAACUAGCUUAUGAUGCUAUCACUUCAAAACUUGCCAUUUGCCACUUUCUGAGGUCACACCUAACCACAACUUGCUCCUAGAAAAGCACCUUUUAAACAGGACAGUGACAUCAAGGGAGGUUUGUGCGAGGCUUUGAUCGGCAAUAACUGUUCCGUAGUGGUUAUUGGGCUGCUCAGGUGGUUGUGGUUGUAGGAAAUCACUUGUCCUCCUCCAAGAUCACACACAGAUAGACCUUUCCACAGUCAAUCAAGAACACCAAAUUGGCCAAUUAUAUGUUGCAGAGUUCAGAAUUGUCUUAACACAAAUCAGUUAAUCAAAUGCAACAUAUGCCAAGGCAGAAGCUGUAUAAUUAAGUGUGAUAUUUUCUUAUUGUCAUUAUUGUCAGCUUGUGUAUAGUGUAUAUGUAGUAGAAAACCCUUGUGCAACUACAGAGAAUAAUGUUGAAUUCUGAUCAAUACUGAUGUUCCUGUUUUGUCCAUAAAUGUCAUAAUAUUUGCUUGCUUAAUUUAUGCCUGUGAAACUUCAACAAAGCUAGAAACAGGGAAGACAAUAUUUUCGCUUUAUUUAUAGGAUGCAAUCAUAUGAUACCACAUCAGCUCUGGACGUAGUUUACAAAUUACUUGUGGUGUUAUGACGUUAGUACAUCUGAUGUUGAUAAAACAUUUGACAUUUAUUCUUGCUUGCUCACUGUAUAAAUAGCUUAUGCUGAGGGAUUAAGAUGUGGUAAACAUAGACAAGGCUCACCUGUGAAAACAGUCCUGUUGUACAUGUGUUCACAUUGUUUUGAUCUUCCACUGUUCAACAUUUGUGUGAUGUGAUGGACAUGCAUUCAUAUAUAAGGCUAGACUUCAGAGAUACACAUGUAAUUGAGCAUACAUGUAGCAAUGUGCCUUUAUACACGUCAUUGCAUAGCUUGAUUAAAGAUGCUUAUUUGGAAA